AUUUACAUUCUCUUAGGUCUUGUUCUACUUGACUUGUAUGUAUAUUUGUCAUUUUUUUGUGUAGGUUAGAAAGAAGUCCUAUUUAGGUAGUUUAUUCCGGAUAAUGAACUAGUCAAACUUGUAAUCUCACUGAAAGGACCAGAGGUUGACAAAAACCAUACAUUAAUGGAAGUUGAUGAGGCAGUGCAGGCCACCAAUGAUGAUGCCAGUGAGUGUAAGCGUUGCGCUGUGCAACUCGGCUACUGGGAAGACAAGUAUAUCCACCAUCUUGUCCGAGGGAGGGAGAGGAAAGCACCAGAAAUCAACAGAGGCUACUUUGCCAGAGUUAAAGGAGUUGGAAUGCUACUGAACAAAGUUUUAAAGAAAACUGGACAGAAGUGUCAGAUCAUCAAUCUCGGAGCAGGAUUUGACACGUUGUACUGGCGGCUGAAGGAUAUGGGUUACACCGUUGUCAACUUCACUGAAAUCGACUUUCCCAGUGUUACAUCUAAGAAAUGCUUCUACAUCAAGAGGAAUAAGACACUUCUUGAUGAAAUAUAUGUUGAAGAUGGGGAGGUAAGGUUGAGUGCAACAGAUCUCCACGCAGGCAACUACCACGUGGUCGGAGCAGAUCUUCGCAACUUGGCUGAGGUACAGCACAAGCUAGCACAGGCUGAGAUCAGCUUUGACAUUCCGACCAUCUUCAUCGCUGAAUGUGUCCUUGUUUACAUCGAGACAACUCUAGUCAGUCAACUACUCUCGUGGAUUGUCAGCGCCUUUCCCACCGCCUUCUUCAUCAAUUAUGAGCAGGUUAAUAUGGGAGACAAGUUUGGACAGGUGAUGAUGAACAAUUUGCGAGCUCGGGGUUGUCCGUUGGCCGGGGUCGAGGCUUGUCACUCCCUCGAUAGUCAGAUGCAGAGGUUUGUAGGGACGGGAUGGGACGGCUCGCGGGCGUGGGACAUGGUCCAGGUGUACAACACAAUCCCUGCCAGUGACAGACAGCGUAUAGAGCAGCUGGAGUUCUUGGAUGAGCAGGAGCUGUUGACUCAGCUGUUUCAGCACUAUUGCGUGGUCGUAGGGUGGCACGGUCCUCUACUGGCCGACGUGGACAUCUCAUAGCAACCACCUCCAGACUGGCACACCACCUUCACUGACAAACUCACCAUCUAGCACCUGCCAACCACGCAAGCACAAAUUACUUCAGCUUUGUUUUCUUUUAGUUUUAGUCCAUUUGCGGAUUCUUGGUCAGCUUUGUGUUUCGAGUCAAUUUUAGAGGGCUGACAAAAAAUUACGUGAGAAAAUAUAUCUAACCUAUAAACCCCUGAAACCGUUUUAUUUAUUUAUUCAUUUCUUAUUUAACAGUACUUAAAUGAGUUGUUAAAUCCCAACUCAUUUAUGAUGUAUUGAUUUUCGUAAAUUCAUUGAAAACAUUGUCAUUUAUUUGUCUAAAACGUCAAUUAUAUAGUUAUUGUUUUACAGUAGUUGUUUAAUAUUCUGCAGACUAUGUCUAUUUUUAAAUAAUGUAUUUCAUAAUUGAUUUUACCUGAAAAAUACAGUUAAAAUAACAUGGAAUGUUGGCAACCAACUGGUGAAUUAUUGUACUUGUAUAGUUAAUUUUUACUCAUUGUCUUAAAAAAACUGUUGCACAGCAUCUAAGUAUUCUGUGGUUUACAUACACUCUACAUAUUUCAAAUUUGUGCCAAUUUUUACAUGUGUCAAGACGUAUAAAAUGAUCAAAUGUUUGUUGUUUUUGCCAUCGUCACUUUGUGCAUCGUGAGUAACUACAUUAAUGUCUACAAUGGUUGGAAAUACUGACAAUCCCAUUUUAGAUAUAAUGAUAACACUGUACUCAGUCUUAUUGCAUAAUCAGUAUUGCCAACUUAAAUGUGAUUUAUAAUGAAAUUAUAUUUUCUCAAACUAUAGACUUAACUUUUAUAAAACUUUUGUAAUCAAUAUUCUACUGUAACAACAUGAAAAAAUGCAAUUUUCACUGUGGUUUAUGUUGGUAAAGUCAUGACCAUACUUAAUCCUUCUCUGUGAAAACUAUGCACCUCCCAAAGCAACUAUCUGUCUUAUAAUACAAAGUUGACAGUAUUCACAUCACAUUAAUAUUUGUUGUAUCAUUAAAGUGUAAAGCAGUGCUAAUUCUGGUAUCAGAGGCACAUCUCUGAUGUUGGGUCCUAGUUUGAAAUAGUUAAGAUAUUGUGUACCUACCAAAGUAUAAUCUUUAAGGAUAACUGGUCUGUUUGAAUGCAAAUUUUAAACUUAAACUGUCAGCAAGAUCUACUAAUUUACAUACAAAAAUUGGCUGAUUUUGGCUUAUAAAAAGUACAAAGCGUAGAAACCCCCAAGUUUACUUUUAUUCUUGCUAUAUACAGGAAACAGUGUAAUGUUAUUAACAGUAUGUCUUGGAAAACGUUUGGUGUUUAAAAAAUACAUAAAAUAUCAAACUUGAACUGUGAUAUAUCUAUGUUUUCAGAUAGAAGUCUUAAUUUUUAAAUAAACAGUGUUGAAAAAUAUAAUGCAUCUGUCAAUGCUUUGUAAACUACUUGAUUUAAACAUAUCUAUAGACUAUACUUAUUUAAUACGCAAGCAGGUUUUUUGUGACAAUUACUCCUCCAAAACUACUGGACCGAUUGACAUGUUUUUGUUGUCAUUGGUUGGAAAGAGCGUAACGUGAAGUUGUGCAGGAAACUUUCUUUUUAGGGAAAUAAUUAGAGAGUGAUUCCUUGGGGACUAUUAAAGUUUCGUAUUUCUCCAUAAGAUUAACAUGGGAAACAAACAUUGUUAUGAAACUCCACCUUUUGUCAGAAAUUAAAAGUGAGAAGAACAUAUAAUUGUAAACAGUCUAUAAGCAGUAUAACAGCAGUAUGUUUUAUCUAUGCUAUAAGUUUGCUAAUUUAACAGUUUGCUACAAACAUUUACUGACUUGGUUGAAAUGAAAUAUUUACUAUUUGAAUUUGGGUUGGCUUAAAUAUUACAAUGUAAAAUACCCCCGCCGCAGCAAACCUGCAGACUAAGCGAAUUUCAACUUGUCUGAUUACAUAUUUACUCAAAUAUUUCCAUAAAUAAGACAUAUUUAUUCCCAAUGUAAAUAACAUUAGAUUUAACGAGUGUUUAGGUUUGCUGCUACAGGGAAGGUAAACAGUGUUUUUUGACCAAACGUCAAUAGUAUAGGAUGAAAUAAAUAAAUUUCCCAAAUUUGUAUAACAUAUAUCCAUAAACAAGUAAACUACAACAGUUUUCAUUUUCUCCAUUUUUAAGAAUAGCAUGGAAAUUUUAAAUUUGCAUUUUUUUGAAUUUUCUCCGUAACCAUUAGGCAUACACCGAUGCUUCAAUAUACUAAAUUAUUUAUUUUUUUAAGCUCUACAUAAUGGUUGGGAAAGAAAUUCCAAAAUUUUACGUUUUUAGGGCCAAAAAUGGGAAAACCCCAUUUUUACCCCACAAAACCCCCCAUAAACCCGUUUUCCCAUGGUCCGAUCAUGCUGGUUUGCGAACUCGUUCGAAUAAAUGUGGGUUUACACGUUUCUACCAAAUUUCAUCAAAAUCGGAUGAUUUUUGUUCGAGUUAUCGUGCUAACGGACACAUAUAUAUAAAUAUAUAUAUAUGAAUUUGAACGGAUGGUGUUUUUGGUCUCUGGGGACCUCAAAAUGAAAAAGUAAAUCGGUCUCGGAUCCAGGUCUUACCAUGAGACCUACGGUAAUAGCUUAUUCCCUAUAUGGGAAAUUUGCUAAAAGCGAGAGAGCCUGAAUAAUUUGAUAUAAUAAAAAGAAAACUGAAUUAACACUGUGCUGCAUUUCUUAGUAAUCCUUGAAAGAACCGAUUUGCAAACUAUGGAAACAUAGGAAAGUCAUAGAACACCACCAAGAAGAAGAAAUAUAAAUAAUGUUUUUUUAGAAUGUAUAAUCCUUAUUAUGGUCAACCUAAUGCGGCUAUGAGUAAGGCUGUUUGUAGAAAACACUAAAAAACAAGAUCAGCUUUUGAAAAUGAUAAGAUAUUUUCAAGAAAUGUUGAUUAUAUCGAUCUGUUAUGUGUUAUGUACAUCUUGAGUAUUUCCAUAUCUUUAAGUCGACUCUUUUAAAAUCAUCAGAAAUUGUGACUGUUAUUCGUUUUAAAAUAACGCCUGUAAUACUUAGCAAUUGCUCGAAUUCAAGCAACAGGUACACUAGUUCUGUUUUAAAUUCAACAAGAACUUUUAUAACACAGGCACAUUUUAUAAUGUUUAAUCAAUUUUUUAAAAUUAAAAUUCACUAAAUAAAUUGCAGUAUUAAUCAGUUCAUGCAUAUGGAUCAAUACUAAUAGUCAAAAGACCGAUGCCCUUACUCAAUCAAUCCUUUGUGAUGAUAAUUUACUAAUAAAAAAUACAAUAAUGAUAAUGUUUCAAUUAUUGUACAUUUAAAAAAUGAAUGUAUUUCUUGGCUGCUUAAAUCAAUAGUUUUUGGUCAUCUAAUAUAUACACGUUGAGCCUCAUGAGUGGUAUUUUGUUUUAGACAUAACAGUUUAAGAGCCCAAAAAUUGGCACAAGUUGUAUACCUUAGGUACUGGAUUUACUCUUGGUAAUAGCAUUUAGACUUCCCAUCUAUAUGGACCGGCUGUAGCCCAUUUUUUAUUAAAAAUGAAUGUAGUUGUGUGAGCCAGUCACAGAAUGUCUAAAAUUCAAUUUUAUAACUUAUUUUUUGUUGCUGACCAGGUUGAUGGGUCAUAACAGUUGCUAUAACUCAUCAUAAGUCAUUACCUAUGUUUGACUUGGUUAAAAAGAUUGUGUAUUCGGUAGAAUUUAGUAAUUUAGAUCAGCGCUCUCUGUAGGUGGCUCACAUCAACUACGACGAUUUUGAUAAAAAAAGCUGGCUACAAAUUUAACAUGGAGAUGGAAUGUCUAGUCAAAGGUAAUAGUCAGCUUAUGCCCCAAUAACUUUCUAAUAGGUUUCCUUUAAACAAAUUUUCAACGUUUUUAAGUUUUUUUUGGCACACUUGGCAUUUUGGGAUUGACUACUCAAUUACUUUAUAAUAUGAUUUUCAAUAGUAUACAGGUUGUGUCACUGGCUCUUAAACUAUUAGCAAAACUAAAUUUGCAAUUUAUCUUAAGAUGUUUAGUUUCCCAUUUCACGGAUUGUAUUUACUGUAUUUAUUGUGAUAUGAUACUCAUUGUGAAUCCUGACCUAGAAUUAAUAUGUUUUGGUGUAGUUUAUUGUGUAUAUAUUUGACCAUUGUUCAAUGUUAAGUGAUCAUUAUUUCUUCUGUUGAAUCGUGUGUAUAGUAAUAAAAUUAUUUUGAAA